AUGGGUUUGAUAAGGACACGGAAGAUCGAAUUCCUUAUAUCUCCAUUACCUCAGCAGCUAGCACGGGAGCACAACUACACAUCACCUGCUGGACAUCAUCCUCAUGUCUUAUAUAAACGAACAGCUGAAGAAAAGGUGCACCGGUACACAGUAGAGUCCAAUCCCAAAUCUUUUUCUCUUGGCCAUCAUAGAACUCACAUUUACCACAAGUAUCACGCGCAAGUGAAUGGUUACCACCAUGGAAGGUUUCAAAAGCAACAUUUUUGUGGACGUCGCAAGAAAUAUGCACCUAAGCCACCCACAGAAGAGACAUAUAUUCGUUCAGAUGAAUAUGGGACUUCUGCUAGGUUCAGAAGAUCGUCUGCUAAAAUUCAGAAAAAUGGAAGUCUAAAUGUUGAAACUCUGGUUGUGGCAGAUAAAAAAAUGGUGGAGAAACAUGGCAAGGAAAAUGUAACAACAUAUAUUUUAACAGUUAUGAAUAUGGUUUCUAGUCUGUUUAAAGAUGGAACAAUUGGAAGUGACAUAAACAUUAUCGUUGUGAGCCUCCUCCUUUUGGAACAAGAGCCUGGUGGAUUACUGAUUAACCACCAUGCGGACCAGUCACUCAAUAGCUUUUGUCAAUGGCAGUCUGCUCUAGUUGGGAAGAAUGGAAAGCGCCACGACCAUGCCAUCUUGCUUACAGGUUUUGAUAUCUGCUCUUGGAAAAAUGAGCCCUGUGAUACUUUAGGAUUUGCACCUAUCAGUGGUAUGUGCAGCAAAUACCGUAGUUGUACCAUUAAUGAAGAUACAGGCCUUGGACUGGCUUUUACAAUUGCUCAUGAAUCUGGACACAACUUUGGUAUGAUUCAUGAUGGAGAAGGAAAUCCUUGUAGAAAAGCUGAGGGAAAUAUUAUGUCUCCCACACUCACAGGAAACAAUGGAGUGUUUUCUUGGUCUGUAUGCAGCAGGCAGUAUCUCAACAAAUUUCUCAGUACAGCUCAAGCUGCCUGCCUGAUUGAUGAACCUAAGCAAACUGGACAGUAUAAAUACCCUGACAAACUGCCAGGGCAGAUGUAUGAUGCUGACACCCAGUGCAAAUGGCAAUUUGGAAUAAGAGCAAAAGUGUGCAACCUCAGCUUUGUAAAGGAUAUUUGCAAAUCUCUCUGGUGCCAUAAAGUGGGUCACAGAUGUGAAACAAAAUUCAUGCCAGCAGCAGAAGGAACAGCUUGUGGUAUAAAUAUGUGGUGUCGAAGAGGACAGUGUGUCAAAUAUGGUGAUCAUGGACCCAAGCCUGUAAAUGGCCACUGGUCUGCCUGGUCUGAAUGGUCACAGUGUACUCGGACUUGUGGAAGUGGGGUCACAUAUCAAGAAAGACACUGCAACAAUCCAAAGCCACAGUAUGGUGGCAAAUUCUGCCAAGGUUCCAGUCGUAUUUAUGAACUUUGCAAUAAUCAGCCAUGUCCAGCAAAUAGUUUGGACUUCCGUGCCCAGCAGUGUGCAGAAUACAACAGCAAACCUUUCCGGGGAUGGUACUACAAAUGGAAACCAUAUACUAAAGUGGAAGAGGAAGAUAGAUGUAAACUGUACUGCACAGCUGAAGACUUUGACUUCUUCUUUGCAAUGUCCAGCAAAGUGAAGGAUGGAACCUUGUGUUCUCCUAAUAAUUAUGACGUUUGCAUUGAUGGAAUUUGUGAAGUAAGAUAAAAUUAAGU